AUGCCACAAGCAAUUCAGGAAUUGGAUCCUGAUUUUUACAUCGCAUACAAUUAUCCAAUUGAUGACAAGACAAAGAAAGUGAACUCGCAAACCGAAAAGGCAUUGUACACUUUUGUCGAGUAUUUGUAUGAAAAGGGGUUUGCAGCUACAAUAAGACCAGGCGAUCCUACUCACUUGUUGAUUUUCAUCAAAUUAUCACCAUACAAAUUCAUUGAAGAAGCUGAGAAGGACUUGAUCAAGAAUUAUGAAUUUGGAGUCACUGCCAAGGACGACGAAUUGAGCUCAAGAUUCAGAAUUAUUUACCAAUAUUUGACCAGUAGCAAGAAACUUGGAGGUUGUGGAAUUGUUCCGGGAGAAGCCCCCUACCAGGAAGUUGCUGGUAUUGUUCCCAUCACUAGCGCUUUCAACGAAACCAAACUUGUUGAGGAUUUGAAAGACGCAUUCACCAAACCAGAAUUAUCCGCCAACCGAAUUAGAAGAACAUAUGGUGUUCAAAUUGCACUCUACUUUGAAUUCUUCAAACACUACAUCUAUUGGUUGGUUGGUUUGUCUGUGUUGGGAGUUCUUCAAUUUUUCAAAAAGAAGGGGGCUUACUCAUUGGGCUACACGUUUGUCAAUUUACUUUGGGGUACCUUCUUUUUGGCAUUUUGGCACAGAAAGCAACAAUACUUGGUAAACUUGUGGGGUGUGCAAAACUCACAUCUUGUUGAAGAGCAUAGUUUGGAAUUGGCUGAGAUCAAUGACAAGUUUGAGCCUCAGUCAAGCUAUUUACACAAAAGCAACACCGAGGGAUUCAGAUUUGUCAAGCAACUCCUUUUCAUACCAAUUGCUUUAGGAUUUGCUGCUGUCUUGAUUAGUUACCAGUUAGGGUGCUUCUUCAUUGAAAUUUUCUUGACCGAUCUUUAUGAUGGUCCUGGUAAGUCAUAUUUGACCUUGUUGCCAACGAUUUUGAUUUCUGUCUUUGUUCCAAUUUUGACCAUUGUAUACAACCUUGUUACAAGUGUUGUAAUCAAAUUGGAAGGCCAUGAUACCAAAGUUAGUGAAAACCAAUCAGUUUUGAUCAAAGCGUAUGCUUUGGACUUUUUGACUAGUUACGCACCGUUGCUCAUCACUUCGUUUUUGUACUUGCCUUUUGCUCAUUUGGUUGGUCCUCACUUGGGAGAUAUCCAAACCACAAUUUCGUCGUAUGUUGGUGAAAAUAGAUUUUACUCAAAGUAUUUAACCAAGUUGAAAUCUCAAAAGGAGUUUAAAAUCAACCAAGGCAGAUUGAAUGCACAGUUUUUUUACUUUGUUGUCACCAACCAAAUUGUGCAAGCCGCUUUGAAAUAUGUCUUGCCAUUGGCGAUAUCAAAAGUGGUGAAGUUGUAUCAAACGAAAGUGCAAAAGAAGCCGCAAUUAAAAACUAGUGACGAUAGUCCAUAUGAGGCUGGUUGGUUGCAAAAUGUUCGAAUCUCAUUGGACUUGCCAGAAUAUUCUGUUGAUGCCGACUUCAAGAGUGUUGUAUUGCAAUACGGUUAUUUGAUUAUGUUUGGUCCAGUUUGGCCAUUGGCCCCUUUGGUAUCCUUGGUGUUUGCUGUAAUCUUCUUCAAAUUGGAUCAAUUCAAGUUGUUCAAUGGUAGCUACUUUAAGCCACCAGUGCCCAAGAGAGUGGACUCUAUCCAUCCUUGGAAUUGGGCAUUGUUCUUGUUGACUUGGUUAGGCUCUAUUGUUUCCCCCGUGGUUACUGCUUUUUACCGCCACGGUACUGCUCCUCCAAAAACAAUGGGUCAAUUUGCUUUAGAUAACGCAAGUGUCAACAUUUCAUCCUCAGCCAAGUUGGUUUUGUUGAUGUUGUUCACUGAGCACGGAUUCCUUUUCUUGAGCUAUGUGUUGUACAACUUGAGUGAGUUGUUCAAGAGUAGCGUUGAAUGGGAGAACGAUUUUAUCGAUAACGAUAUCAAAUUGAGACACGAUCAUUAUUCAAAACAUGUCAAACCAACUAUUAAGGUUGCAAAUGUCCCAGCUUGGAAUGAUUUCACGGUUCAAUCAGCCUUGGAUUUCACUCCACCUAGUGCCGUUGAACCAGUUGAUGAUGUAGCUGCCGAAAAAGUUCCAUCAAAGAAGCAAGGAUAUUCUACAUCCUCUCAAGCUGCUGAAACCUCGGUCCAUUCUCGGUCUGAACAGGCAAGAUUACUUGCCGAGAAGGAGAGACUCUUGAGGGAAAAACAGGCAGAAUUGGCUAAAUUGGAACAGAGAAAAUUGGAGGAUCCGGCCGUUGCUGGUACAACCGCUUCAGAGUAUAACCGAUUGAACCGAGACAAAGAUGCCAAUGACUCAAUCAUUGCCGCCAAGUCGGAUCCUAAUAGCAAGCAGCACUAUUCUACAAUUGAUGACAAUACUCAUGUUAGUGACAGCAAUACCCUGAGCAAUCAGCCCACUGACCAAACAACAAACACCAACGAAUUGAUUCACGGCUCCACCCAGAUCCCACCUGCACCAAAUGACAAAUCUGCAACGGUUUACACAGACAAAUACACCACCCACUCUGAGAAUGCAGCCAAGGCGGAGGCCCGUGCACCAGCAGGAGCUGGUCUUGCGUCUGCAGCCGCUGCUCCGCCUUCGAACACGGACAAGGAGAAAGACCGUCAACAGAAUUUUGAUACCAACCCAGCACCAGCAAAGGAAAACAAAACGGGAAUCAAGAAUAGUAAUUUGACUGCCACAGAACAGAGAAAGGCGUUAGCAGCUGGUGAUGACAGGUACAAUGGUAACCAUGAUGCUGGAGUUGAGAAGGAAAAAAAAUCCUCUAGUAAGAACUCCAAUCAGAACUCCAAAGACUCCCAAGACGGAGAGAAACUGAAUGGAGCGGAAGGUGACGAUGGUUCAAGCAAAAACUCUGAAGCUGAUUCCUCCUCACCACUGAAGGAUCCUAAACGUAAAAGGUCCGGUUUGAAAAAGUUGUUAAACAAGAUAUAA